CUUUUAGCCUUCAACUUUCUUAGAACACUUAGGAACAAUUUGGAUGCCACCUGGAUUGCCUCUUGAUUUAAUAUUGUUCUCCAUUAAUGGCUUUUAAUUUGUAUCUUAAUUAACUGCAACUUGAGAGUUUGAACUGAUUUUGCAAUGAAAGGUGAAGGUAGAGAGUUCCACCAUUGAAGAAUAAAAGGUAGAGACGAGGAAAUAUAUAGAAUCCCGCCAGGACCAUGAGAAUUUUUCAAUUCCAUAAUCAUAAAAAAAGAGAAUGGGUUUCAUCUCCCGAAGAAUCCUUCCUGUUUGCGGGAACAUGUGUGUUUGCUGCCCUGCUUUCAGGUCGAGAUCCAGGCAACCUGUCAAACGGUACAAGAAGCUACUUGCUGAGAUCUUCCCCAAAUCUCUUGAAGGUGCUCCAAAUGAACGGAAAAUUGUUAAGUUGUGUGAAUAUGCUGCCAAAAACCCCUUCCGUAUUCCAAAGAUUGCCAAGUAUCUUGAACAAAGGUGCUCAAAAGAAUUGCGGUCGGAGCACAUCAAAUAUAUCAGUAUCAUCACAGAAGCCUACCAUAAGCUGCUUUGCAGAUGCAAGGAGCAGAUGGCAUACUUCUCUCUCAGCCUACUGAAUGUGGUGGUUGAACUCUUGGAUUAUUCAAAGCAAGACUCUGUUCGGAUUCUUGGAUGCAAAACCUUGACCAGAUUCAUUCAUAGUCAGGUUUAUCAGCGCAGGAAAAAGAUUGGACAGCCAAGUGGCGAGGUCAUUACUCCAGAUGCUUUACUCCUUCCACUAUCGCCUUCCUCUGGUGAAGCUCCUCUUCCUCCUUCGUCUGAUGACUUACCAAUGCACAAAGGAAAGGAAGAGGUAUAUAUGGAGCAACCUCCGGGGUAUAUUGCUCAGGGGGAGAGUACAGGUCGUGUGUGUCGCUUACACAAGGCUAUCUAUGGGCUUAAACAAUCUUCUCGGGUAUGGUUUGACAAGUUCAGUGCUACCAUAGCUACUUGUGGUUUUUCUCAGUGUUAUUUUGAUCACUCUGUGUUUGUUCGUCGCAGAGGUGAGAAGCUGGUUGUUUUGGUAGUAUAUGUUGAUGGCAUUAGUCUGACUGGUAAUGAUGAGGCAGGAAUUUCUGAAGUAAAAGAUCAUCUCCAGCACCAUUUUCAGACAAAGGAUCUAGGCUAAUUUCAUUAUUUCCUUGGGAUUGAGGUAAUCCGCUGCAUCAAAGGGAUUAGUCUGUCUCAAAGGAAGUAUGUGGUAGAUCUUCUAUCUGAUACUAGGAUGCUUGCAUCCAGACCCGUUAAUAUUCCUAUGGACCUUCACCAAAAGUUUGGUGUAGAUGGUGGCGAACCCCUCCAGGAUGUGCACCAGUACAAGAGCUUGAUUGGCAAGUUGAUUUAUCUCACUGUGACUCACCUUGACAUUUCCUACGCCGUUGGAGUUCUUAGUCAGUUCAUGCAGUCUCCUCAAAAAGCACAUUGGGAUGCUGCCGUUCGUGUUCUUCGCUAUUUGAAGGGUGCUUCUAGAAAAUGUUUGAUUUGUCGUCCCAAUCGGCAUAUGAUCUAGUAGGGUAUUCUGAUGCUGAUUGGGCUAGCUUUGCAAGUGAUCGGCGAUCUACUAUUGGAUACUGCACAUUUGUUGGAGGUAAUCUUAUUACAUGGCGUAGCAAAAAAUAGACUACUAUUGCUCGGUCCAGUGCAGAAGCAGAGUACAAAACUAUGGCUCAUACCACUGCUAAGUUGAUGUGGCUGCGGUCGUUACUCUUGGAAUUGGGAUUUCCAAUGACAAAGCCAAUGAAGAAGUAUUGUGACAACCAAGCUGCAGUUUACAUUGCUAGUAAUCCGGUCUUCCAUGAGAGAACCAAACACAUAGAAGUGGACUACCAUUUUGUUCGCGAUGCUGUUCUAAAGAAGCUGAUUGAGACUCCGUUUGUUCCUUUAACGGAUCAGUUAGCUGACAUGUUUACUAAGUCUUUGUUUGCUCAUAGUUUUCGCAAUGAGUGUACCAAGCUGAGUAUGAGUGAUGUGUAUGCUCCAGCUUGAGGGGGAGUGUUGAACUGUCGCUGUUCUCAAAACAGCGCUAAGCCUUGACUUUUGGACAGGUCCGAUAGGGGCAUACUUGUCCUCUCGGACCUACUUUGCUCCUAUUAGGGUUUGGUUCUAUGUUUGGGGGGUAUACUUGUAAUCUUAUUCCAUAUCUUUAAUAAAUACUAUUGAUGUAAUACUGAAAUUGAGGAAGC